UCGCUUUCCACGCAAGCGCACUGUGUUGGUGGCCAGCUAGCCUGCCUGGUGCGGGAGGGGGCAGCUCAGAGCGCUCGGGUCCCGGACGGAGCUACAGACUCGCAGCAACCACGCAGCAGCAGCGGGGAGUGUAAGCGGCCAUUUCCCCCCGCAGCUGUCCAUCGCGGAUGCUGAAGCCUCUUGCUUUAUUUGCCUCUCCUCCGGCGGCGAGAAAGGGACGCUUCCGCGGUAGCGGCGGCGGACAUCGUGGACUUGUCCAUAACUUAUGGUGAUUUUCUGAGCCUGAUUCUUGGGGUUUUGCAGAAGUUGCUGGAGCCUGCAUGCUGCUUCAUGCAGUUACACGUUCUGGGUCAUGAAACUUAAUCCACAGCAAGCUCCGUUGUAUGGUGACUGCAUAAUCACCGUAUUGCUUACAGAAGAUGACAAAGUUGGAAACGAUGAUGUAGUUUUUUACCUUGUGUUUACUGGAUCUGCUGUUCAACACUGUACCAGUACUAGGAAGCUUGAUUCCGGGACAUUGGAGACUGUUGCUCCUGGCCAUGACUGCUGUGAGACGGUAAAAGUCUCUCUCUGUGCCGCCAAGCAAGGCCACCCUAUUUUGGUGGUGGCAGAGGACAGCUUGCAGUUUGUUCAGGACGAAGCUUAUGAUGCAGCUCAGUUCCUGGCAACCUGUGCUGGCAACCAGCAAGCUCUGAACUUCACGAGAUUCCUGGACAAGUCCAGGCCACCUGCUGGGGAUGUGGAUUUUCUGGAUGAGAAAGUAGCUUUGGCGUUUCGUCACCUGAAAUUGCCAGCUGGAUGGAAUGUGCUGGGAGCAGACCACACUCUAAAUGAGAAUGUUCCCCGGGAGACAUUGAUGCAUUUUGCAGUAAGGCUUGGACUGCUACGGCUGACUUGGUUCCUCUUGCAGCAGCCAGGUGGAAGAGGAGCCCUCUGUAUCCCUAACCGUGAAGGAGCCACUCCUGUGAGCUUAGCCUUGGAGAGGGGCUAUCAGAAGCUGCAUCAACUCCUGACAGAAGAAGGAGCCAGUGAACCAGAUUCCUGGAGCACCUUGUCACACACAGUGCAUUCUGAGGAGUACUGCGUAAAGCACCACCGGGGGCUAAACGUGUAUAUUCUGACGGUUGGAAUGAAGGAAGGAGUGGGAUCCAGCAUGGAGAACGACAUCAUCCAGCUCCAGACGCACAUACAGAACCAUCAGCACUUGAAUGCAAAUGAAAACCCACAGGCUGGGCAGCAAGCUACUUGUGAGGACUGCGGUUCAGGUACAGAAGCCAAGGGCUAUGCAGUUGCCGCAGGCGGCAAUCUCAGUGAAAUAAUGGCAGAAGGAAACCAAGGAGAUGCUUCUCCCCUGCUGGCUCUUGAUGCAAUACAGGGUUUGACACUUGCCUGCUACAAGGAAGGUGGCUGCACGCAGCUGAAGGAGCCCUUAGGCACACCAAAAGAUCCGUUGAGGCCAGAGGAUGCAGCGAAGCCAGAGUCUUCCUGUAAAAGUAGAAAAACAGCAGCCAGGCUGCACAAAGAGGAAGAGGCGGAGUUACCCCCUGCCGUAGAGUCUGGGGCAACACUAGAGGCAAAUGACGGCUGUCUGAGCCCAAUUGCUGGACUUGACAGUGCUGCCGGAUUCCCAUCCUGUGGAAAGGCAAGCAAGGAAGUUGGAAUGAUCACCCCUCGUGUUGCUUUGGAGCAAGGUAACCUGUGUGAAAAGGAUAAAUUGCAGCAGGAAGUGCAAGCAGCUGAAGAAAGAGCAGCUGCCAGUGCCAGUACUACAUUCCUAACUUCCUGCAGGGACAGGGAUGUAGGCAUGGGACAAGGCGAAUGCAAGAGCUGUACGGGGACUGUGGAUGCGACUGUUGCUUCUGAAGCCCAGCAGUGUGUCGGAGAUGGGGAGAGGGCCACAACUGUGGAAACGUUGCCUUCAGCUGGCGCAGGAUUGACAGAUUCUGUUGUAUCCUUUCCCGGAGACGGUGGCAGUGCUGCAGUCAGCAAAGGCGAGGGUAGUGCACCAGAGGAAGCGGUGGUAGAUCUACAGCACGAUGCAAGUGUGGAUACUGCCAUGGGUGUUCAUCUUGUCGAGAGUGGAAGUAGCAAACUGGUAGGAUCAGAUACUCUUGGUGACAGUGGAACAAAGGAUUUUACAACAUGUUCGGGGCCCUGCAAGCUUCCAGAGAAGGAGGCGCAGAGCACAGCUUUGAGCCCUGCAAGAGAAGCGGCAGCUGUGAACGUGGAAGGCAGUUUGGAGGUUUCUUCAAAGCAUGAUCCUGUGGUGGAAGUGAAUGAGGAUAGGCAGCAACUGGAAGACAGAAACACGGGGACUGACAGUCACUCUGAUGCUAAUGUGGAAAAUGAUGGGCCAGGUCAAACGUGUGUGGUGGAACCCAAAGCCCCCUGUGUCAGCGAUACGAUAACAGAGUCUGUGGCUGAGGUGGAGGGUGAGCAAAAAACCUUUGAGCCGAUGUUGUCGGGAACUGAAACCACCAGCCGUAGCUGCAGAGGAAGUGCUGACUCUGCCAUCGUCGACCAGGGGGCUGCUGUUAUGUGCCAUGCUCAGAAAGAAGGAGCUGGCAAUGAUGAGGAACAAUCUCAUUUCCCUGUAUCGUGUACAGAUUCUCCUGAUGCCUCUGAACUGCACACAGGCUUUCCUAGCUUUCCAGCGCUGCCCCCAGCUGAAGAGGAGCCUUCUCUUCUUCCUAGGCAAGCAGAGAUGGAAGAGGUGGACCAGUUUAGCAAAAGUGCUCAGGAACUCAUUGCUGUGGCUUCUGCUUUGCUUGUUGAAGAAGCAAUCCAGCAAGCCCAGCUGAUCGUUGCCCAGGGGGACAAGGCCAGAGCGGCCCCUGUUGUUCAGGAGGCAUCGCCGCACUUUGAGGACCUUGGCCUGCCUUUGUGUGGCAAGGGCACCAAAUGUGUACAGGAUAAUUUGAUGGGCACACCCUCUGCUAUUCAUAAUAAAGAAUCCAAACAAAUCCAGGAAGUAGCAACAGCAGCAGUCGAGCCAGCAACAGAACUGACUGUGCCUACUGAAGAGGGAAGCCCUGUGUUCAGAGAGGAAACAACAGAUCCUCUUUCUCGGGGGGAUCAUCGUGAAGAAAGCCAAGAGGACGGCUCUUCCUCACAGCUCUCUGGAAGUCGAGAGGAGCUGUCUGGCGAGGAAGAGGUUUUGUUGGAGGGCCCAGCACCGGCAGCUGUUGUGCAGUCUCCUCCUCCUAGUUGUCAGGGUGAGGAGCUCCCAGGGAAUGAAAGUAAUGCCAAGGCUGGAUUAAAGGGGAAAGCCUCCAGCCCAGAAUCUGAUGAGAAUGUGAAGGUGGGUGUCACUGGGGAUGUCCUCCAAGGGCCUGGACCAUCAGAGGGUGCCUCUCUCUGCACCAGCGAGGCCUUCAGUCCCAAUGCUACACUAAACCAAGAACCUGAGCUCAGCUACCUGGAUCUGCAUGCAGCCCCUCUUCCCUGUGGAGUUUCUGAUUUAAUGGAAGACCCUCUGGUCACCUGUGAGCUACCUAUAGCAACCGCACUUCCACGGGAAGGGGAGGAGGUGGAAAAUGUGCCUUCUAGAAUACUUCUCCAGCCGAUUGCUGAAGAGCCUCCGUGCGAUGGGGACCCUGGCUCUGAAAUGUUCUCUUUGGCCAGCAAGGGCGAAGCUAGGCCUGAAGUGAAAGCAGCCCAGCUGGAGGUCCUAGCUGAACCCAGUAAGGGCACAGGGGAAGGAAGCCAAGCUGAACCAGAUUCCCAGCUUUUGCCAUCAUCUCCCUGUGCAGCUGUUGAGCUACUGGAAAAAGUAGAGGUGAAAGGUUCUGUUCAAGAAAUAGAUGGCCCCUUGGUAGAUCAUGCUGACAAGACAGUUAACCCCCCUCAUCAUGCUACGUUGGCAGCAGAGGCAGGCGGCCCCUUGACGUCUCCAUCUGGAAACCUUGUGGAAAUUCCCCCAUUAACAGAGUCCAGAUCUGAGGUACAGCAUGUGGUGGAUGCUGGAUCCAUCCCUAAUGGAGAAGUGGAUUUAAAUUUGCAACUUGGUGGAUUGAUGAAGAGAGCUGCAAGCCCAGGACUUCUGGUCAUUUCACCUGUUGCAGAGGCUCUAGAGAUGAAGACCGAGGAAGAUGUGGAUUUUUUGAGGGACCUCGCUGAGAACGCUGCUUCUGAAGGAAUGAUUAACCGUGAAAGUUGGUGUCCUGUAGAACCUUCCCCAGAUCUCUCAGUGUUGGAGUCAAAGCAUCCAUGUAGUUCUUCAGAAAGUGAUCAUUUCCUAGAAGAUGGACUAAGCGGCGAUUGCACCUCAUCGCAAGACAUCCUUAAAAGGAGAUCUGGGAGCGAAUCUGACCUCUUUCCUCUGUCAGGUGAUGGAAUGGAUGAGGUGGACUUUGGGAAGCAACCUGAAGAGGAGCAAUCAACUGGUGAUAGUUCAAGUUCCAGUUUCUCUGCAGAUGAUACAAUAUCCUUGGAAAGGAACUCAUCCCUUGGGAGUGACAUCUCCCUCCCUCAAGUUCUCGGCCUCAGCAGGCCCAAGGAUCGGUACAGUCUGAAUGGCAGCUGCUUCAACAUGGCAACAAGCGUUGUGGACCAGGACAGUGAAGCUGGUGUCUCAGGAGAGCUGGAAGAAGAGCUGGAUAGCAUCACUGAAGUGCCACCUCCUUCCUCUGCCCUGCGGUGCUCCAUGAGACCGCUGUCUCCUUUCCGCCGGCAUAGUUGGGGCCCCGGGAAGAAUGGCACCAAUGAGGCUGAGAUGAACCACCGAAGUUCAAUGCGAGUGCUGGGGGAUGGUGUAAGGAAGCCUCCCACCCAUAGGAGAAGUUUGAGCUGGUGUCCCUCUGGCGUCCAGUGCACUGCCAUGGGUGCUGACUUUAAUGGUAGAAGUUACAGCUUAGAAGGCCUUGCUGGGGAGGCUGAUGGUACUAAGAAGCCACCCUCUGGUCUCGAAACAGCAUCGCUAAACACCAAAGAUCUCCAGCAAAGCCCGCUGGCAAAUGAUGAACGGGGUUCAUUAGUUUCGCUCACCGAAGAGGAGCUGGAAUUGGAGCAAGGAGAAAUUAGGAGUCUUAACCGUCAGAUACGCCAAAGAUCACAGCCUCGUGCCUUCAGCUUCUCUGCAAUUCCCGUUUCUCCUCUGCUGACUAAAUCCAUGUCGUUGAUGACCAUUGCCCAAGCCAGACCAGACACCCAGGAACGGACUCGGCCAUCCAGACGAAUUUCCUUCUCCUUCAGCAUCUCUCCACUCAUUCCUAAGUCUAAAACUGUCUUUUCUAUUGGCUCUUCUUCCAGUGAUGAUGAGGAGGAGUUGGAUAGUAACAGAUCUUUCAGCAGCACCGGCAGUUCUUUGUCUCAAAGCAUCUGCGAGGAGAGCAGCAGUUUCCUGCCUCCCAGCCCCUCCAGAAAAGACUUGGAAGGCAAAAGUGGAACGAAAGUCAGCCGCACAUUCAGCUACCUCAAGAAUAAAAUGUCCAGCAGUAAGAAGAGCAAAGAAAAAGAAAAAGACAAGGAGAAGAUGAAAGAGAAGGACAAAGACUCCAAGGAAAAGGACAAGAAGAUGAUAAAUGGGCACGUCUUCAGUGCAACCCCUACAGUGGGGCCCAUCAAUUGCUACCACUGUCUGAAGCCUUUUAACAAGGAUUCCUUUGCCUGUGCAAGCUGUGGUGUCAUGGUCCAUAAAAGCUGCAAGGAAAGUGUGGCUGCUUGUGCCAAGGUCAAAAUGAAGCUCCAGAAAGGAGGCCUUCAGGCUCAUGAUACUUCCUCGUUACCCACAGUAAUUUUGAGAAGUAAACCCUCUCAGCCAAAGGAGAGACCUCGAUCUGCGAUACUAGCCCCUGAUGAGAGCACUGCAACCUCCUUGUUCAAUAAUAGGAGAUCCCAGCAGAACCCAUCCCUGUCAAAAAGUGUCUCAAUCCAGAACAUUGCUGGAGUUGGGAGCGAUGAAAGCAUACUCCACACAUGGAAGUUCCUCUCUCACUCAACAGACUCCUUGAAUAAAAUAAGCCGGGUGAAUGAAUCCAUGGAGUCAUUAACGGAUGAAGGUGCGGAUAUGAAUGAAGGUCAGCUCAUGGGAGAUUUUGAAACAGACUCAAAACAGCUGGAAGCCCAGUCCUGGAGUCAAGUUGUAGACAGCAAGUUUCUCCGGCAGCAAAAAAAGGAUGUUGUGAAGCGUCAAGAUGUCAUUUAUGAACUGAUGCAAACAGAAAUGCACCAUGUCCGCACCUUGAAGAUCAUGAGCGAUGUGUACAGCAGAGGAAUGAUACAGGAGCUUCAGUAUGAGCAGCAGAUGGUGGAAAAAGUCUUCCCUUGCCUGGACGACUUGUUAAACAUCCAUAGCCAGUUCUUCCAGCGCAUUCUGGAGAGGAAGAAGGAGUCGCUGGCAGACAGAAGUGAAAAGAAUUUUGUCAUCAGGAGAAUAGGAGACAUCCUCGUGAAUCAAUUUUCUGGGGAGAAUGCAGAGCGAAUGAAGAAAACCUACGGCAAGUUCUGUGGGCAUCACAACGAGGCGGUGAAUUACUUUAAAGACCUGCAUUCCAAAGAGAAACGGUUCCAAGCAUUCGUCAAGAAAAAGAUGAGCAGCUCCGUGGUGAGACGCCUGGGCAUUCCUGAGUGCAUCUUGCUAGUGACACAGAGGAUCACCAAAUACCCUGUGCUGCUGCAAAGAAUACUACAAUAUACCAAAGAAAACGAUGACGAACAUCAAGAUGUGGUGCUGUCCCUAAACCUGGUGAAGGAAGUCAUCACUGCUGUGAACAGCAAAGUCAGCAACUAUGAGAAGAAGAUGCGCCUCCAUGAAAUCUACACCCGGACAGACAGCAAGUCCAUCAUGAGAAUGAAGAGCGGUCAGAUGUUCGCCAAAGAGGACAUGAAGCGCAGGAAGUUUGUCCGGGAUGGGCCCAUCUCCUUAAGAAAUGCAGCCGGCAAGUUGAAAGAAGUCCAGGCUGUUCUCCUCUCGGAUGUUCUGAUAUUCCUCCAGGAAAAGGACCAGAAAUAUGUGUUUGCCUCUCUGGAUCAAAAAUCCACAGUCAUCUCUCUGAAGAAGCUGAUUGUCCGAGAAGUAGCCCAUGAGGAGAAGGGUUUGUUCCUUAUCAGCAUGGGAGGGAAAGACCCAGAGAUGGUGGAAGUUCAUGCCAGCUCUAAGGAGGAGCGCAACAGCUGGAUACAAAGCAUCCAGGACACCAUCAACACGAUGGAUAAGGAAGAAGAUGAAGGUAUCCCUAGCGAAUCAGAAGAAGAAAAGCGAGUGCUAGAUACCAAAGCCAGGGAGCUGAAAGAACAGCUCCAGCAAAAAGACCAGCAGAUCAUAACACUACUGGAAGAGAAGGAGAAGAUUUUCCGGGACAUGACUGACUGCAGCGGGCAUGAGGACAGUUUGGGGGCCAGAACGUUGUUCCGGGCCAAUACGGAGGAGGCACCCAAGGGGGAAAGUGUGAUGAAGAGUGUGAUAAAUGAAGUUGAGCUAUUACAAGGGUUGGUGAGCAGGAGCCUUGGAAGCGCCCUUGGGCAACAGGUGAGCAGCCUCACCUUGGAGCAAGAGUGUGUGGGGCCCAUCUCCCUCCCCAGGAGGGCAGAGACAUUUGGAGGAUUUGACAGCCACCAAAUGAAUGUCUGCAAGGGAGGGGAAAAGGAUGAAGGAGAUGAUGUGCAGGAUCUUCGGAGGACGGAGUCGGACAGUGUUUUGAAAAAGGGAGGAACAGCUAAUUUGAUGUUUGUGCUGAAAAGGAACAAUGAGCAAGUUCUCCAGAGCAUCACUCACCUCCACAGCUUGCUGGGCAUGUUGCAGGCUGUCGUGGUGCAGCAGGACACUUACAUCGAGGACCAGAAACUCCUCCUGACGGAGAGGGCCCUCAGCCGCAGCUCCUUCCGGCCCAACUCCCUGAUUGAGCAGGAGAAGCAGCGCAGCCUGGAGAAGCAGCGGCAGGAGCUGGCCAACCUGCAGAAGCAGCAAGCCCUGCACCUGCUGGAGAAGCAGAGGCGGGAGCGGGAGUGGGAGGCCCGGGAGAAAGAGCUGGUGGAGCGGGAGGCCCGGCUGGCCCAGCGGGAGGAGCAUCUCCAGCAGGGGCGCAGCAGUGUGGAGAAUGAGCGGGAUGAGCUGCAGCAGAAGAAAGCCGCCUACCAGCUUGACCUGGAGCACCUCCGGGCAGCCCAGAAGCAGCUGGAGAAGGAGAAGGAGCAGCUCAAGAGGGACAUGGAGCACAUCGCCCAGCCUCAGACCGUGCCCAGCCUUGGCCUGCUGUUCAACCAGCAUGGCAAGAUAGCUAGGACCCCUUCCCUGCCUGUGCCAGAGAACUCGUCUUCCAAGCAACCGAGUUCCUCCCUGCCCAGACAGGGCCCUUUGGAGAAAGAACUCUCUGGGUCACCCAAAAGGAGCAGCCUCUCAAGGACACAUAAAGAGAAAGGCACUUUCCACUUACUCGGCACGACGACAUCAAGCCAGACCAGCAAACCGGCCGAGGGACAGGGUCAGGCGCCAAACCGCCUCUUUGGCUUAGCCAAGCCAAAGGAGAAGAAGGAAAAGAAGAAGAAGGGCAAAGGGCACCGUUCACAGCCGUCCGAGGCUCACUCACCAGAAGCAGCACCAGAGGGUGAGGAGAUCUUUUGCUGACCCCACUGUCCAGGAUCCCACAUGGAUGAGACCACCUCAUGUUCUGCCCUGCAGAGAGGGAUGCAACGCAAGACUGAUGCAUCACUGGCUCUCCUUCCUCUGCCUUGAGCUGCAGUCGGACUUUUCUUACAGCUGAAACCCACCUGCGUGCCCAGUUUGCAGCCUGCUCCCAACUGGAUCCAUUACCUUUAAAAAGGUGUCUUAAAAGGCAGCAGGAAAUGAAAGCAUCAGACUCUGGAUUGUAGCCAGACUGGGCGGGCUUGGUUUUGGCUGCACAUGGUCUCUACAAGAAAAAGAAGGAAAAAAGCACCCACUACUGUGUGCAAUGUUGGCUGUCAAGAUGGACAGACAGACAUUCCCUGCUUCUGUUUUUCAUCUCCAAAGAUUGGGAAAAUGAGUCCCAGGGCAGCCUAGCUGAUCUUCUCUUGGAGAAGUCCACUGAAACCCAAAAGCCCUCCGUAUGGCAAAAGCACAGGGCUCUUUAAGCAGUGUUUUGUACACUGACAUAUAUAGAUAUUCCUGUACAUAUCCUUAUAUAUAAGUAUAUAUAUAUAAAUAUAUAUAUAUAUAUAUAUAAAUGUAGCUGUGUAUCCAUUGGGAUAUGCUUUAAUUCUGUACAGAAAAGUGGCUGAGCUUAGCUCUACCCUAAAGGGUUAGUGGAUACCUGAUGAACUAUUUCAGGGACUGUGUUGAUAUUAAAUAUCUCUUUUACUUUGUGACACUUGGUUCAAAUGCUUUUGCCACCAGCACACACACCCUCUUCACAUGUGUUCGUGUUUUGGGGAAAGGACUCAAGGUUGGGUAGCAGCAGAGUGACCAACUUGAUUACGAAGGUGACUUCUGGGUAGAGUUUGAGGGCCUGUUUGCAGGAUGUGUGGUAGGGUUCCUAAACACAUGCAUUGUGGGAAUAGUGGAGGCAUCUGGCUGGCUUACAGCUAGCAGUUCCCAGAAAUGGUAUCAGGAAUCUUCUCCUUGAUGGAGGGGGAAAUGUACAUGAAUGGAACUGGUAAAGGCUCCCAAGUGGGAAUGAAACAUGAAAAGGCAAUCUUUAAAAACGGAAAGAGCGAGACAGAAGAUCAACUGGACGAGGACUUGUGGCUGUCCAAACAUUGUUGGACUCCUAACUCCCAUCAUACAUGACUGGGGUCCAUGCUAUGCUGGCUGGGGCUGAUGGGAGUUAUGGUCCAACAAAUGUCUGAAGAGCAUCAGGUCCCCCAUCCCUUCUUUAGAAAUCACUGCAAGAAAACCACAACAGGCAAAUGUUUAAACUACAACUACUCUUAAUUCCCUUUUAAAUUAAACACGAGGUACGGCCUGACUCCCUGGCAUGAGAAUGCUUCCUCUCCCAGAAUGCAGCUCUCCCACCUCAACCUUAGGUAUUAGUAGUUCCCACUAGAAAGCUACUAAUGCACCAUAGAUACCUCCAAGAUCUUUUUGCCCAAUAGAUGGUAAUUCUUUUAUUCCAAGAGGCAAAAACGAAAAACAACCACCUAAAUUCUGUUUUUCUUCCCUUGGCUUCUCUCAGCAAUCGCAUUCGUAAUAUUUACUCGUCCUCCAAAUUUGUUUUCAUCUCCUUGCCAGAAAUGUUGCCUUCAAAGCCAUUUGUGUGGCUGCAACUAAGGUUGAAAAUCGACUGCAUUGGUGAUGUAGGGAUUCUGCCUUUUGCUUCUGCUUGCAGGCAAUCCAGUCUACUCUCCUGACUUUUCUCAUCUGACAAAGGAGACUUGGUGGCUGAGCACUAGUUAAGAUGGGGCGGGGAGUCUGUGGCCUUCCAGAUGUGGUUGGACUUGCAGCUCCCAUCAGCACCCCACCAGCAUGUCCAGUGGUCAGGGAUGAUGGAAACUGUAGUCUGAUAACAACUGGAAGGCCACAGUUCAGUUACCCUUAAGAAUCUCAAAGUUCCUGUCAUCACUGGAGUUGAUUGCAUUGGUACCUGUGGUGGGCUGGGGGCUCCGAUGUCAGUAGGGCAGUGGAAUCUGCUCUGGGUUUUAGUCCAAACUUUCAAGGUGCUGCCCUAGGUGUUGAACCUAUUUUGACUGCUCCUUGAAAGUUCAGACUAAAACCUGGAGUGGAUUCCAUUCCCCCACUGACACUGGAGCCACCAGCCACCACUGAUUGGUACGCACCAUCAUUUUUGAGGUGGAAGAGGUGCUGUGAGAUAAAAAAAAAAAAAUAACCCCUGUGGUAGAAUGGCUUCUUAUCACAACCUGAAAUACCUUUAUAUAUAUAUAUAUAUAUAAUCCCUUGACACUACCCUUUGCCACUUGAAAAUUGAGGUGUGGGGAAGGCAAUUCAUGGUGGGUUUUCCAUCUUAUAAGCCUUCAGGAGAGUUUGGCCCUUGGUUCUUCCUUUUUCUUUUCUGUUUUUGGAUAACAGAAUUAAUUUUUCUGGUCAUGCACUACUCUAAUGUUGGAGUGGUAGAGCAAGGAUCCCUCACUCCGGUGACUACAAGCAUCGCUAGGCCAGUUCCCUUCCGCAUGACUUCCCAUCACUUCUUGACCAUUUGGCUGUGUUCAUGGCUAUAGGAAGCCAGUCUUUUCCCUCUGAAUUGCUAACAGCACCCAGGGCGCCCAGGCAGUUGCUCUACCUGCCACACAUAAUGGUGCGCUUGCUGUUUCCCAUGUGAGUAAUGAUGUACAGGUUCAGAAAUAGAGUUUAUGAGAUUAGUCCUUCAUGGAAUGUCAGCUGUUUUUCUUUCUGCAAAGUGGGCAGGAGGGGGUGACUUCGAUCUCUUAAUCAUGCAUGCUUCAUUACAUUGGGAGCAAGAAGAUGGCCGGCCGCGGAGGGCCACAGGGCCAGGGGAAGAUUUUAGGUCGGUAUGAAAGGAUGUUCCAUCUAGCACUUUCUGCCAGUGCAAAAUGAAUUACGUAAUAAACUUGUGAGCAGUUUCUAAUGUGGAGAUGCCAAGGGUAAAUAAACGGUCCCCAUUUGUUUCAGAGAUUACCUCCAGUAAACGGGCCCCAAUCCUUGAAACAUAUGAAUGCUUUAUUUCCCUGCCACCUUUUCAGACUCCUUUUUAAAAUGAAAGGUUUGCACUAUUGUCUUGAUGCCUUGUCCCUUCAGAGCAUCUCAGGAGCUUUUUUUGUGCAACAGCCUUGCAUGAAAAACAGACGGGGAAAUCUUACUUUAUAAGAAACUUUCAGUGCUGGGACCACUGCAGGAAUGUCAGCUCUGUCUUGGCCAGCCGUGGGGAGCCUCCAUCAGCUUGGUUAAGUCUGAAGCUCUCUAAACAAAUUUGCUCUCCCAAAAGCAAUGCAGGAAGCAGCUGUGGAGUUCUACUUUUUAUUAUUGUUGUUAUAGUAAUUAUUAUUUUUGAUGCUUGUUCUCAAAUUGCAAGCUGGGCUUGCCUUAAAAAAAUAUCUUUCGGUUUAUUUGAAAGAGGUCUGGAUUUAAAAAGAGAGAAAAAAGUUUACUGAGGUUUUUUGUUUUGUUUUAAAGUGUUUUAUUUUUAAAAAAACUUAUGUAAAUAUUAAAUUGAUCACUGAUCCAUCAAACUGAUUAAAAAUAACCUGUAGAGCAUUAAAUGCAAUUGACCACUGCUGGGGAACAACCUCUAAAACCCAUUGUCUUUUAGCCACUUUUCAGAGAUCUAAAGGCAAAUUGAAAACCAGAUCCCUGGUAUGCUUAUUCUACUUGUGGUGGUGCUAAAUUGGUUUUGCAGACUGGGAUUAUUAUUUUUUUACCUGUUUGUUCAGACAUGGUAGUGAGAGAAAAGGAGUGAGUAUAAGACACAGAAAGCAGAGUCUUCUCUGAACCAAUUUCAGUUCUCUCAAAAACAAUAGUCUGCUGUAAUUAAAUGAAGUUGGAGACAAACUCUUGCUUGAAGUUGGAGACAAACUUCCCCAGCCUGUGCUUUAACCAUCCUACUUUCAUCCAUGCGAAGGGUCACAAUCCAUGAUGGGGUGUAUAUUUUUCCCUUUAGCAAUGUAGCUAAGUUUGAAAGAGAGAUCAAGGCCAGUGGUUUACUCUAAUACGAUUCGUGACAGUGGGUCAUUGCAGAGAGAUGCGAGAGACUGUGGGAGCAAAAUGGGUGACAUUUGAAGUGGUAAUGUUAUGCUAAAAAAACAAACAAAAUGGCCAUCAUUUCUUCUCUUCACAGAGAGUGGAGUCCAUAUUCCACAUGGUUCAAAAUAGAGAGAUGAAUUUUGUAUAUUUAAAUAAAAUCUGCAGCUGUUAGAAGGCUGCAUCUCUCCAAUUAUUCUCUGGUUCAUUUAGAUCAGCCUUCCCCAACCUGGUGUCUCCAGAUGUUUUGAACUACAACUCCUAUCAACCCAUGGCCAGGGCUGAUGGGAGUUGUAGUCUAAAGCAUCUAGGGAGUACCAGGUUGGGGGAAGGCUGUUUGAGGUUAUUGUUAAAACUCAGCCACAAUAUAUGCAUAAUUGACAGAAAAUGUAUUACAACAACAUUUUUCUCUCACUGGUUCUUUCUCUCUUCUCUGCCUUUUUUCUCCAGGUUUGUACAAAGGUACCUGGUUCAUAUUUCUGGUUGAAAUUAAUGUUAAAAACCACAACACUUUAAAAAGAAAAAUGUAUAACAGUAGAGAGGGUAAAAAACAUCAACAACCUAAAUUGCUGUAUGUUAAUUUGUAAUUAUGUAAAAAGUUAAGUAGGUUACUGAUUGUAAAAAUUUUUAAACGUUUUUCCCCUUGUAAUUUGCAAAAAAAAACCCAUCAGAUUUUUGUAAUUACUUUUAUUUAUCUGCCUUUCUUGUUAAUGAGAAGCAACUUGUAAAGUCAUUUCCCCCCCUCC